AUGUUAUUCCAUAUUGAUGAGAUUAGGAAUUUGCUUACUCAACCUUUACUCCAAACAGCUAAUUGCGAUCUGGCAAAAAGAUAUAGCAAUGUAAAACUGUUAUACUAUCUGAGGAAUUAUUUGCUGGAGAUGGAACGAAACAGAAUUUAUGAACAUCCGGUCAAACAGCAGCUUACGGAACAGAUUGCUACUAUUGCGGCACAAUGGUUUCAACCUCGAAAGAAUGUAUCUUACUCGCGCGUAAAAGCAUCACUCGAUAGUAUUGCAUUAGAAGUAUUGAAUUGUCUUAGAGAUAAAUAUCCCAACCAUUCGAUAUUUUUGACGUCCACCAAAUAUUUUUCCUAUUGGAAAGACAAUAAUAUCUACGAUAAUCAUUGGAACGAAGCAGAAGGAACGCAGAUUAUGGAUACACUCGAAGAAUAUAUAUUUGACGAAUUAAACUUUCGACUACCAAAGUCUAGAAACGUAAAAGUGGAAUACAGAUGUAUAGAUUAUGUAAGUAGUAUAGAUUAUAAAACAUUAUAA